CUUUUCUUUCUUUUCUCAAGAAAAAGAAUGCAGCCAUCUUAUACAUGGAUAUUCAUAACAGGAAUAAUUGUAUUUUUCUUGAUUAUCAUCAUACUGUUAUUCUUUUCAAGGUCUCCGAUAGAACUUCCUUUAUCUUUUAAUGGUGACCUUGAAGAUAUACCUUCCGAUUCAGAAGAAGAGAUUGCUACUUUAUCUGAAGAUGCUAGACUUAGCUAUGAAAGAGCAAAGACCUGGCAAGAACAUCAUCCUCCCAACAGCAUUCCCACGGACAUUACUCCUCCUCAGUUUAUAUCAAUACAAGAAAAAGGUGUUUCAGCAUUCGAGUUUGAAUGGGAACCAGAAGCAAACUGCUUUGUAGCUGGAAGAACUGAAAUUCAGUUUAUGGAAGGUGAAAACUGUGUGCAGACUAACUUACCAUUACCAAGAAACCAAGAGGUCUAUUAUUGGGAGGCCAAAAUGUUUGACAAACCAGACAAUACGACUGUAUCUGUUGGCGUUGCAACUAAACCCUAUCCAAGUUGGAGACUGCCAGGCUGGAAUCGAUAUUCUAUCGGCUAUUUUUCUAACAACGGAUGCAAAUACUUUAGUUCACCAUUUAACAAUAAGCCCUAUGGUUUACCAUUUAAACAUGGUGAUGUAAUUGGCGUUGGAUAUCGACAUCGAACAGGGUCUAUCUUUUUUACUAAAAAUGGAAGAAAACUCGAAGAAGCUUAUUCAGGCAUCAGGUGGAAUCUAUUCCCAACUAUUGGUGCAAAUGGUCCUUGUCAGAUACAUGUUAACCUUGGACAAAUGGGCUUUGUCUUUGUUGAAGCAAAUGUCAAGAAAUGGGGACUCGCACCUUCUCAAGGUACUUUAUCUCCUCCACCAGCUUAUGGCACAGAAAGAGAUACGGUUUUAUUAGCCAUGGGUACUACAUCAUCCGAUCAACAACAACAUCAUCAUCAGCAUACAUUCAUCAAUAUGGAUGGUAUCAUAUCAAAUCGACCUCCUCCUUAUUCAGCAAAUGUAACAGAUAAUCACCAAAACAGUCUGUUGGAUUAA